AUGUCCGUGUGCAACCAACGGGAAUAUGCCUUCUCCCGGAAACACGGCUGUUCUCGAAACGUGUUUUCCAAGAUAAAAACUAAUACUUAUCAGCCUACCGAAUGCAGUCAGAGAACGGAACUGCCCAGCGGAGAGCUUCGCCAUCGGCUAUCGCUCGAAGAUGUGUGUUCCAUGGACACACGCAACGUCUUGGAGAGCUUCCUCCCCUCCCUGGAUAUCCCCACUCGGACAGGGAACGGUGGGGGCCGAGAAAAUGGCAUUCAUGAACCCAGCAACACGUGUGAUCCGGAGCUGUCCAAGGAAUUUGGAUGGUUACUCCUGAGGAAUCUUUCAUGGUUUAUCAAUGGUGAAAUCGGGAAACUUAUGCUUUCAUUAUGUUCCAUAACUAUGCCUCUAAAACAAAACUCUUCACAUUACGGAUUUAUUCGGAGAUUUCAAGUUGAGACACAGCGUUGCCGCAAUAUCAAAGAAACAAGAGAUGUAGCCCUGGAGUACAUGUAG